AUGGUUACCGCUACAGCUCAAUUUCUGUACUCCCCAGACCACUGCAAAAUUCUUCAUCUGGUGAGGCAUGGACAAGGGAUGCACAAUGUAGCAGCAGAGAAGAGUGUUGAGGCAUUAUUGUCUCCUAAAUUAUUUGAUGCUCCUAUCUCUACUCAUGGUUGGCAGCAGGUGGCUAAUCUGCGCAAGCAUGUCUUCGCAAGCGGAAUGUUAAAGAGGAUUGAAUUGGUUAUCACUUCUCCUCAGUCAAGGGCCAUGCAAACAGCAGUUGGAGUUUUUAGUUGUGAAAGCCACAUGUAUGAAUAUGGGUUAGAUACAUGUACACCUCCAGUAAUGGUGGCAAAUGAUCAUCGCAAUGCAACGCCAGCUCUCAAUUGCCCACCAAUUUUAGCAUUUGAGAAGUGUCGAGACCGUAUGGGAGUUCGUCUAUCUGAUAAGAGGAGAAGUGUUAGCGAAUAUCAGUCUCUUUUCCCCACUAUCGAUUUUUCAUUAAUGGAAUGUGAAGAAGAUGAUUUGUGGAACCCUGAUGUUAGAGAGUCUUUGGAAGAAAUUUCAGCUAGGAUGGUGGAGUUUAUGCAAUGGUUGUGGACACGACCAGAAAAAGAGAUCGUAAUUGUGAGCCAUGGUGUAGUCUUGCAGCACUUACUUUAUGUUUUGGAAAUUGACACUCAUCCAUCAGUCAAAAUACAAUUAACCGAACGCUUUGGCAAUUGUGAACUUCGUUCGGUGGUCGUCGUCAACAAAAGCAUGAUGGACUCAGAUUCCUCUACAACUUCCUUCUGCGGAUAAAUUCGAUUCCCUUGGCGCCCUUAGUGCUUGCUUUGAAUAUUUACUGCUUUCAUUUAUCAAA